AUGGUGGAUAUGAAUCCAGUCUCAUCAUUUGAUCAUCAUCAUCAUCAUCAGUCGUCUGAUCAAAUGCUUCAACUUGACAAUUCAAAUGAAUAUUUGAAUAGUCUUAUGGCUCAUAAUUCGAGUCCCAUGGCAAUGUGGAUGUUGAUGGAGAGCAACUAUAACUAUAGUACUCUUCAGUUCGGCUCAGGGGCUUCCAGCAGUGCUCAUUCUCAAUCACCACUGGAGGGGUAUCAAAGUAAUUUCAAUGAUCCGAUGAUGCAGUCCGCGGUGGACAAUAUGAAUAUGAACAUGAUGAUGUUAAAUGGCAACAUUAAUCCUCCAAGUUCCUCAUCCACGAGCCAGUACUAUGCUCGGCUAAUGCAGCCAACUGUGCCCUACAUGCAGUAUUAUCCGACGAUGCCGGCCGCCGGUGUUUCGUCUCAUCAAGUUCAAGUGCAUGCUUCUCAAGGCAAAGAUGAACCGUACGAAGAUAUCAACCAAUAUGUGGUCAUGAAUAACAGGAUGGUAUGA